AUGUUUUUUCGUUGGCUUUUGUCACUGCGCAGUAUUCUGAACUACUUCUCUCCAUUUCAGUGGGCAAACCUAGUUGAUCUCUAUACAACCUACUGCUUGAAUUACGAGAGAGCAACACAAUAUGCAAUAGCAUUCGAGAAAGACCGUCUCCACAGUCAAUGGAUUACAGCCUACAAUCGACAUCUCGGUUCUCUGGAAGCAGAGAAACUCCUGCUCGACUCCGACAAUCAUGGGGAGAAAAAGGACGAUGAGAAACGAAUGGACAUCGAUCUGCGUAAAGUUGCAAGUCUGAACCGCGCAAAUUCCUGUAUUACUUUCGAUAAUAACCAGACUCCUGACCGAUUGGCGCAGUAUUCGGGUGGAAAUGUAACAGCCACUGCUGAAGAGGAUGAGGAAAAUUUGCCUCCCCCUUCGAGAAAGAAUUCCCAAGGACCGGCUCCUUUACUGAAAUCAGCUUCUCUUAGUCGUUCAUUACUCUCCUAUAGUUCCAGACUACUAGAGCCGGCUCAACGAUUCCAGAGAUAUCAUUUGUUGCUUGAGAGGCUGCGAAAUUAUGCUCCAGAGGGACCUCAGAAAGAAGCAUUGAGUAAAGCUCAUCAAUCAAUGUUGAAUAUGUGCGAUACGGUUAAUGCUCUCAUGCGGAUACGAGGAUUAACUGAUCGACCAUCGCGUCUCGGAAAAGUUUUGCUUCAGGACAACUUUACCAUCUGGUGCGGUGAGACCAAAAACGGCAAGCAUCAACGCCAUGUCUUCCUUUUUGAAAAUGCUCUCUUAUUAACCAAGCUUCGUCAGACCAAUACUUCGCUAGUAUCCACUGUGUUAGCUAGUUUAGGAGGUGGUAGUGGUGGUGGUUCCAGUAGCCACCAGCCCUCUACUAUUGUUGUGCCUGAAACAAUCUCCCUCCCUUCUGCUAGCAGUGUGGUUUCUAGUCAAGAUUCUUCAUCAGGCAUCACCAGUGGUGCAGCUUUCAAUAAACCAGCUCUGGAUAGACUUCCUGCUUCUCUACCUGUGAUACCUGCUGAUACAGUUAGUCAGCAUCCAACGUAUGAGAUCAAGAUGGAACUCAAACUGACAGAGGUUGGUCUGACUCCGACAAUCCGCGAAGAUCGUCGACGCUUUGGAGUCUGGACGGCUACUCGAGCCCAAACCUAUUACUUUCAAUCUAAUAACCAGCAAGUUCAAUCUCAAUGGGUUCGUGCAAUCAAUGGUCUACUCUCCGCUCAACUGAACCGUCUUCGAGAUAGUGCUCAUAAACAGAGAAAAAUGGUUAUCCAUCCCCUGAAAAGCCAGUCUUCUGUAGAAUCUCCAAAUCAAGUUCUUCUAGCCGACAGUCAUGAAGUGGAUGACUUUGAAGAACAGCUGAAUAAGGAGGGAGAUGUUACUAUAUUGCUGAAUCGUUUAAUUGGAUCGUCCCUCCUGUUGACCUUCACCAACACAUCCAGAAAAUAAGUACAGCAAAUACACGCUUACAAGCCGUGGAGUCCAACCUGCUUCGUAUUCAGGCGCGAAUUCAAGCGCUGCAGUCAAAAUUAA